AACGCUGACCGGGCGGAAAUCUUUUGUUAUGAGGGAGAAAAACCAGGAAUAUGAUCAUUUUAAUUGGUUGUAGGCUCUACAAACGUCACAGAAUAGGUUGUAGGCUAUAAAUUAUGUCGGCAUAUAUAAGUUAAGUGUUCAUUUUCCGGGACGUAUGUUUGGGAAAAUUUCCGAAACUUCUCGAUAUCAUGGAAAAGGAAAAUGUAGCUUUAAUACUUCUUUUCUGGUAACAUUUUCCUCCUAAAAAGCCUCUUAAAAUGUAACCAAAAAUUCGAUAAGUUUUUUGAAAUAGUUGGAGCAGUAGUUUUUUAUGGAUAAGAAUCUACGUGCUGGACUGUGUAAGAUAUGAGUACUUUUACGAAAGUGAAAGCUGAGACAACGGACCGAAAUUAAAAAAGAAAGGGCAAAACUUCAUGGGAACGGCCGAACAGAGGCAAAACAACCUAUUGAUCAUUGCAACAUAGACCAUUUUUUUGAUAGUAUUCUAUAACUAACUCACUGAAUAAUAAAGUAUAGUUUAAGAAAAUUAAAAGUGAUAGAAAAAAUAUGUAUCCUGCGAAAAAAAGUAUUUGUUUAUUUACUGAAGGCUGGUAAGAGUCACUUCCGGCGUACGUUCAAGUCACUUCCGGAAAAACACCACGUGAUUAGCAAUUUGCAUUUACUCGAAGAUUUGGCGCGAAUAUUUUGUCUGGAACGAAAUUAAAACGCUUAUGAUUUGAAGCCUUACAGUUGUGUUGGAAAGAAAACUUGGUCUUCAAUGUCUCAAAAAUCUAUUUCGGCCUUUUUUCGUCCGUCUACCAAGGUGCAAGAGAAAAAUGACGAAACAAAGACUAAAGCUGGAGAUGAAGCUCCCGAGAAACCCAAACAACAAACACCAAUAAAAGACUCAAAACCGACUGCACUCCUUGAUUCACCGCCUGUUAAAAAGUCUCGACGCAAGGUAGCUAGAGUACUAGAAGACAGCAGUGAUGAGGAGAAUGACGCUAUGGAUACUACAACAGCAAAACAAGAAGCUAAAACUAAUGGGGUGGAUAGGAAUGAAAGUGAAAGCAAAAUGAAUGGUGAAAGAGAAAAUGGGACUCAAAAAACAAUAAAUGGAGAUAAAAAUACAGAUGAAAGUAAGGCAACAGAUUCACCAACUGAUGACGAUUUUAUUCCCAAGAGAACAACAGCAAGAAAACACAUGAGAAAAAGAAAGGCAUCGUCAGAAAACAACACCACAAACAAAGAGAAACCAGUUACCGCCACCCAGAAUGACAUGUCUGAUGAAAAAUCUAGUGAAGAAGAACUCAAAACAGAUGUAUCAAGUCCAGUAGCAAAGAAGACAAAAACAGAAAAAGAUGCAGAUAAUAAGAUUUCUCCAAAAUCUUUUAAAAAGGAAAAACAAGAAAUGAAAGAAAAAUCAGAAGAAAAACUAAAAGGAAACAAAACAAAAUCUACAAAAGACAAGAAGUCUUCAAGUGAUUCAGAGAAUGGGACGAUGGAAGUUUGCUCAGCAGAAAGUGAUACAACAAUGGAUAAGAAGAACUCUAGCAAGGAAGAAAAGUCAACCAGUGAUUCUGAGAAAGAUGGAAAGAAGGAUGAGAGCAAGAAAUCUGCCUUCAGUAAAUUUUUUUUUUCUCCAAGACAACCUUCCAAGAGCAGCAAACUAAAAGAGGCAAAACGGGAAGAGGCAACAAUUAAAACUGAAAAGAAAUCUCCAAAAGAGGAAAAACACAACACACAUAAAAAUGAUGCUGGUGAAGACCAUGAACCAGUCGAUGCCAGUGAAUACAACCCAGAAAAGAACUGUUACAACCCAAUAAAGCAUGCAUGUUGGAAACGAGGUGAAAGGGUUCCUUAUCUUGCUGUUGCCAGAACCUUCCAAGCGAUUGAAGAGACUUCAGCACGGUUAAAGAUAAUGUCGAUACUUAGUAACCUACUUCGUUCAGUCAUUGUGUUGUCUCCCAAUGAUCUACUGCCCUGUGUCUACCUUUGUCUCAACAAGCUUGCUCCAGCAUAUGAAGGCAUAGAACUUGGAAUAGGUGACCAUAUCUUGAUGAAAGCUGUUGCUGAAUCAACUGGUCGAAAUCUUCAGCUCAUCAAAGCCGAUUUAGCAGAGAAGGGAGACUUAGGGCUUGUAGCAGAGGCAAGCCGUAGCAACCAGCGUACCAUGUUUGCUCCUCCUAAACUAACAGCUGUUGGUGUUUUCUCCAAGUUAAAAGAAAUUUCCCUGUUGACAGGUCACAGUUCAAUGUCUAGAAAGGUUGACAUAAUCAAGGGUAUGUUUGUUGCCUGCCGUCAUUCAGAAGCCAGAUAUUUAAUAAGGUCUCUUGGCGGGAAGCUACGCAUUGGUCUAGCAGAACAGUCAGUUCUUACUGCACUAGCUCAUGCAGCUGUUCUUACUCCUCCUUGCCAAGAAUAUCCUCCUCCUGUGCUGGAUGCAUCCAAAACUGUAUCUAGUGAAGAACUAAAGAAAAAGUUUGAAGAAGCAGCUCUGAUCGUUAAAUCUUGCUACUG